GAACUGCUUUAUGGGAUAGUUACUUCAUCAUUUAAUUUAUUUUUUUCGUUGCUUUAUUUAAAAAUAAAAUUAAACAAAAUGGAGUGAUAUCUGCUUUCUCUCCAAACUCGAGUGCCCUGCACUUGCUUGCACCAAUAUUAAAAAUGACGUUUAACAAUGGAUUCUACACUACCUCUGGGUUAAAUUUUAAUCAAUAUAUUAACAAUAAUGAUAAAAAGCGACCAACAAGAUCUGCUUUAUUGCAGCAAUGAAGAUGCAUUUAAUUUUUAUGGUAAUGGUGAUGGGUUAUCAAAUCACGACGAAUCUAUUUACGAUAAAUCUUCAUUUACCACUAAAUUUCAUAUACUUUCAACAGCUUUAGACUUUCAAUGGGUAUAUACAGAAAAUGAUGUAAUUAAAAAUGAUUUUGGAAAUUUUGAAAAUGCUAAAAAUCAACUUAGUAGUAAUAUAACUUUUCAAGAUUUUAUUGAGUGUGAAGAAAGCCUAAGUUCUGAUUACUUAGUCAAUGAUAUGUUUGAUUUUGGAUUAUCAUCUUCACCUGAAAGUUCGACUUCAGAUGAAUGGGUUGAGAACACAACUUGUAUAUCUCUUUUAUCAGAUAAAAUUGAUAGGUCAUUUGUGGUAUUAGAAAAUAGAGAAAUAAUUUCUUCUUUGCCAAUAAAAGAGGAGUAUACUGUUCCAGAGUGUUCUUUUAUUGAUAUUUCUAGUCCAGUGUCUGAUGACUCGAUAUCGGAAGAUGAUUUUAGUGGCAAUGCUUCAAUAUUGAUUUCAGAGCUUCUUGGUUUAGAUCAGAAUCUAUUACCAAAUAAAAAUACUAAUUUUAAUGUUUUUAAUGCAAAUAUAAUAAAUGAAAACGAGAUCUUAAAAUCAAGUUUUUCCGAUGAAGACUGUGUUGGCAAAAAAUUGUCUUCUGAGAAUAUUCAGAGUGACUAUAAUGAACGUUACUUUAAGGCUAGCUGCGUUAGCAAUGAAAAUUUAUGGCAAAUAGAAUCCAAUUAUAAUAAAUCUAGUCCUUUUAAAAAAUCAUUAAAAACCACUGAGCAGAAACUGAGAAAAAGAGUUCAAAAUCGUAAAGCUGCCUCAAGAUACAGAGACAGAAGAAAAUAUGUGUUAGACGACAUAUUUAACGGUGCUGCAGAUCUUGAGAAGCAAAAUAAUGAUUUAAAAGGAAAGGUAUUAAGUCUGCAACACGAGAUCAACUAUUUGAAGAAUUUAAUGCUUGAUGUUAUUAAAGCUAGACUGUCAAAUAAAGCUUGUUAAUAGUGGAAAUCGUGUUCAAAGUUUUAUUUAAUCAUGUGAACCUUGACGUGUUCAAGUUAUAAUUAUUUAGAAUUGUUUGUUUUUUUUUAAUUUGAUAUUGUAAAAUUUUAAUUAUGCUCAAAUCACCUAUCACCAAAGCCAUGAUAGAUUAAAACUCUUUGUAUAUUGUGUAAAAAUGAGUUAAAUCUUGAUUUGUUGUCAAAAAGCAGUUUUUUCCAUUUAAAAUUGAAUGAAAAUAAAGACAAGAAUUGUUA